GAUCUUCAUCAACCACCAUAAAAAUUUCUUUUAUAAAUAAACAACUCUUAUCUCUUCACUUUACAGUUACCAUUGCUUUGUAAUUUGUCACCUCUACCUUAUUUUAAAAGCACUUUGGGGACGAAAGUGCUUCAACAAAAAUGGGGAACAGUUUGGGAGGAAAGAAGACAACAAAGGUGAUGAAAAUAAGCGGCGAAACAUUCAAGUUAAAAACUCCGGUGAAAGCGGAAGAGGUGUUGAAGAAAUAUCCAGGAUACGUGGUGUUAGAAUCGGAAGCCGUGAAGCAUUUCGGGACUCGGGCAAAGCCGUUGCAGCCGCAGCAGAAUUUGGAGCCCAAACGGCUUUAUUUCCUGGUGGAGCUUCCGAAUGUUCCGGCGGAGAUAGUUCCAAGGAGGGUCCGGUCGGGGAUUCAAAUGAGCGCUAAAGACAGGCUCGAGAGCUUGAUGUUGGCGAGGAGAUCCGCGUCGGAUCUCACCAUAAUGAAGAAGUGUGGUUUGGGCGAGGAGAGUAAUAAUGGAAAGAGGGUGAUGAUGAAACUUCCGAAAGCUCAAGUGGAGAAGAUGAUGAAAGAGUGCAGCAACGAGGCCGAGGUGGCGCAGAAAAUUCUGGAGCUUUGCGUGGCGAGUAAUGAUGGAGGUGAUGAUUCCGGUGAAAUUGCAGCGAAGAAGAGUGACAACGGUGGUGGGGUGUUGCAGAAACAAAUGCUUUGGAAGAAUGGCCAUGGACAUGGGGGAGUUCAAGAAGGAUUCAAGGCACGUGAGAAACGUGUGAGCUUCAUGCCAGUCAAUGAAGGAGGAAGCCAAGUAGCAGUUGCCUCUUGACAAGCCAAAAUUAUAAUAAAAAUUAAGUUUCUAGGUUGUCUUCAAUCUCAAUUUCAGCCUGCAGAAUUUCCUCAUCAACGAUGGAUCGGCCGGUCUUUGAAAAAUAAUAUACUAAGGAUUUGAGUCUUCUUAUUUUCAUAAUUAAUGUACAUAGAACAACAUUAAAUGAAGCUCUAUAUUAAGAUAGCUAGCUUACUUUAUAAUGUGAUUUUGAGGAAGUUUUGUAAGAGCUGAGACUUGAAGAUGUAACCUAGCUAACUAGCUCAAGAUUUUGUUAUGAUAUUAUAUCAUCGAUCCUAUGUACGGUAGUUUCUCUUCGAA